AUGAUGAUGUAAUAAAAUAUAAAAUAUUUUAAAAAUCUAGACAAUUUUCUUAACUGUGAUCCUUUAUCUCACAUGAAUAUAGAAUUUUUAAAAGAUUGUUUCACUAGAGAAAAUUAUGUUUAGGAAAUUUGCUAAUUAAGUUCUACUUUAGAAAGAUGUUGUAAUCUGUCUACUAUAUUUCUUAAUCUAUAAUACAGAAAGUUCUAUGGUGAGACUUUCUCAAAAUUAUGCUCUGGCUUAUCUAAAUGUGCUAAUAUCUAAAAUUUUAAAGUUGACUUAUGUCGUAAUUACAUUAAAGAUUUAGGUGCAUAAGAAUUAAGUUUCGUAAUAUCAAAUUGGGUUUAUCUCUCUAUUUUGACACUUAAUCUAGAUGAUAAUAAAAUAAGUGAUAAGGGAAUAUCAGAGUUAGCUUCUGCAUUAGGAAAGUGUGUUAGUCUCUCAAAUUUGUUCUUAAAUAUAGCUUCUAAUGAUAUAAGCGAUGAGGGAAUAUCAGAGUUAGCUUCAGCAUUAGGAAAGUGUGUUAGUCUCUCAAAUUUGUUCUUGAAUAUAGCGGGUAAUGAUAGAAGAAGUGUUAACUCUAAAUAUAACCUUGGUUCUAAUUUAGCAUAGUGCAAAAAUCUAUCAAAUUUGAAUCUCUAACUCUAUAGCACCGAACUUGGCAAUGAUAAUAUAUCAGAGUUAGUUUCUGGUUUAAUAAAGUGUAAAAAUCUCUAAGCUUUGGUGCUGAAUCUAGGUGAUAAUAAUAUUGGUUAGUAAGUUUAUGAAAAUUUAGGUUCUGAUUUAGCAUAUUUUACUCAUCUCUCAAAGCUUUCACUUUAACUUUAUCAAACUGAAAUUAGUAAUAAUGUCGUGUAUUAUAUAUGCUCUGGUAUAAAAUAUUGUACUAAUCUUUCAAUUUUGAAUCUCAACCUUGGAGGAUAUUCAUUGAAUGAAUUAGCUGCAUCGCACAUAUCUUCUGCUUUAGCAAAAUUAACGAAUCUCUCAAAUUUGACUAUUUCAUUUUCAGGACACAAAAUUACAGCCUAGGGUGCAUCAUACAUAGGUUCUGCUUUGUCAAAAUGUACUAAUCUCUAAGCUUUAUCACUUUAACUUUGUAAUAAUAAUAUUGGUAUAACUGGUUUUAAAGACUUAACUUCUGGUUUAGUUAAUUGCUCUAAUCUCUCAAGUUUAACUCUAGACCUCAGGUAAAAUUAAAUUGAUGACUAAAGUGUAUUAUAUUUAGGUUAAGCUAUAGCAAAAUGUAUUAAAAUUUUUAAUUUAAAACUCUAUCUGAGAUAUGGUAAUAGGUUAAGUAAUUAAUGUUUAUCAGAUUUCAUUUCUGUAAUAGUAAGCCACUAAAGUAUCUAAAUAUUAGAACUUGAAUGUGAACUUGUCAGAAUGAUAUUUAUGUAUUAGGAUUAUCAUAUAUGA